AUGAUAGUUAAGAAGAUAGUGAGUAAUUAAAAACAAGAGCAGAAAGAAUCUAUCAAGAUAGAUAUACAAGAUAUAUUGAAAGAUUUUCAUCCUGUUCCAGUUAUGUAUUCAGUUACUUAUGAAGAAUUUCGGUAUAGAAAAAAUGAAGUUGAUUAGAAAUAAUAAAUAUUUGUUGUUGAAUUAGUAGUUAAUGAAUAAUAAUUACUAAAUACAGAAAAAGGUUAUAGAAGAUAAUUGAGAGAUAAAAUUAAGUAAAUUUAUUAAAGUUAUCAUUAAAAUCGCAAUAUUAAUGGUGGGAUUACAUCUCUUAAUUUUAAAUGUACUCUGCAGUUCUUAGUGAUAAUACAACUGAUAUUUUUUUUGAAAAAUAUAAAAACUAAUUGUUUUCAACUUUUGUUGAUUAAUCAUUAUAGAAUAACUUUAAUUUUUUAAAUGAAGAAAAAAUUUGCAAAUAGGAAAUAGGAAUUGAUUGUUCAUUAACUGAUGCUAUCUAAUUAAAUCCUGAAAUGA